GGGGGAGCUGACUGAGAGAAAGACGACAAGAAGAAGAAGAAGUGGAGGGAAAGGAAAUUAAUGAGAAGAGAAAAGGCGUCUGUGGAGAAUAACUUUUUGGUUGCAGCGAGGAUUUGUCACCCCCCGCGGAGGAGACGACAAGUUGCCCUCAGCCCCUUCACCAACUACUUUGUCCCGUCUCCGCUUUCUCCACCCCCGGCUGGAGUGAGAGGCACAGAGCACAGCCGGGGCGCUCCUCGCGUUACUUGUGCUGGAAAUCCUGGAGUUGGGAACCUCCCUUUCAGAGUGCUUGGAACAGUCUCGGGAGCGGCAUCCCGCAUAGUACCGGACUUUUCCACUGCUGCACCGUGGGGGGGUUAAGGAAGAUUGUAGGUGUCCUCCUGCUCGGGGAGGUGCGGUACUUGGGACACCAGGCGUUAUUUUGUGGACUGUGCCACUGAGGGGUCCGGGGGUUGGCAUCCUCCUCCUGGCAGCCUGUUGGUGUGUGUGUGUCAGGGGGUGGCACCAUGCCUGUCAGGAAGCAAGAUACUCAACGUGCUCUGGACCUCUUGGAGGAGUAUCGCACCAAACUGAGCCAAACCGAGGAUAAACAACUCAGAAAGUCUAUUGAGCGGGUCAUCAACAUCUUUCAGAGCAACCUUUUCCAAGCUUUGAUUGAUAUUCAAGAAUUUUAUGAAGUGACCUUACUAGACAAUCCAAAAUGUACUGACAACUCCAAGGCACGUGAACCAGUAUUGCAUGUGAAUGCAUGGGAUCUUUCCAGCCUUCCCAGCUCAACUGUAACUACAGAAACUUUGCCAAGCAGUCAGAGUACAGAGAAAUAUCGUUACCAAGAUGAUGACCUUCCAUCUCAAGAGCCAAGCUCUCCACAUAUCUUGAGUGAGGGAAGAAGUCCAGAGUUGGUACACGUUUCUGAAAAGAAUAUAUCGCAGAUUGAGAAUGUCCAUGGACUUGUGUCUCAUUCGCAUAUUUCUCCUUUAAAGUCCACAGACGCUGGUGUUCCUUGCCCUCCCAUUGUCCCUGUGAUCCCUGUUAUACCAGUCCCUGCUGAGAACAAUGUCAUUCCAUCUUCCACUCCACAGGCAAAUCCCCCACCUGUGAUUGUAAAUACAGAUAACUUGGACUCUCCACCUUAUGUGAAUGGAACUGAUACAGAUUAUGAAUAUGAAGAAAUUACACUUGAAAGGGGCACAUCAGGGCUUGGUUUUAGCAUUGCUGGAGGUACUGAUAAUCCACAUAUUGGAGAGGAUACAAGCAUUUUUAUUACAAAAAUUAUUUCUGGUGGUGCAGCAGCUCAAGAUGGAAGGUUACGAGUUAAUGACUGUAUAUUACGGGUGAAUGAUGUGGAUGUACAAGAUGUGACACACAGUAAAGCGGUUGAGGCAUUAAAGGAGGCGGGAUCCAUUGUGCGCCUAUAUGUAAGAAGAAGAAAGCCAAUAACAGAGAAAAUAAUGGAAAUAAAGCUUGUUAAAGGCCCCAAAGGUCUUGGAUUCAGUAUCGCUGGUGGUGUGGGAAAUCAGCACAUACCCGGUGACAACAGUAUUUAUGUCACAAAAAUCAUUGAGGGUGGUGCAGCACACAAAGAUGGCAAGCUUCAGAUUGGGGACAAACUUCUUGCAGUGAAUACUGUGUGCUUGGAAGAAGUUUCUCACGAAGAAGCUGUGACUGCUUUAAAAAAUACGUUAGAUUUUGUGUGUCUCAAAGUAGCAAAACCUACCACCAUGUUUAUGAAUGACAGCUAUGCUCCACCAGAUAUCACAAACUCAUAUUCUCAACAAACAGAUAAUCAUAUCAGUUCACCUGGAUUUAUUGGACAUCCAUUACCACCGUCCCCUAGCCGAUAUUCUCCUGUCCCGAAAGGAAUGCUUGGAGAUGAUGAUGAUGAUUUAACGCGGGAACCACGGAAAAUUAUGUUAUUUCGAGGUGCCACAGGGCUAGGCUUCAACAUUGUUGGUGGAGAAGAUGGUGAAGGAAUUUUUAUUUCAUUUAUCCUUGCAGGGGGUCCUGCUGAUUUAAGUGGAGAGCUUAGGAAAGGGGACCGUAUUAUAUCGGUAAAUGGUGUUGAUCUCAGAGCAGCCACCCAUGAACAGGCAGCAACAGCUUUGAAGAAUGCUGGCCAAACUGUGACUAUUAUUGCACAAUACCGUCCAGAAGAAUAUAGUCGUUUCGAAGCAAAAAUACAUGAUCUUAGGGAACAGAUGAUGAACAGUAGCGUCAGCUCAGGGUCGGGCUCUCUCCGAACAAGUCAAAAACGAUCUCUAUACGUCAGAGCACUUUUUGAUUAUGACAAGACUAAAGACAGUGGCCUCCCCAGCCAAGGCCUUAACUUUAAGUUUGGCGAUAUUCUGCAUGUUGUUAAUGCCUCUGAUGAUGAAUGGUGGCAGGCGCGGCAAGUCACUGCAGAUGGGGAAAGUGAAGAGAUCGGUGUCAUUCCAAGCAAGCGCAGGGUUGAGAAGAAAGAGCGGGCGAGGUUAAAGACUGUGAAGUUUAAUUCAAAAGCCAGGGGAGACAAGGGGCAGUCAUUCAAUGACAAGCGUAAAAAGAACCUCUUUUCCCGAAAAUUCCCAUUCUACAAGAACAAGGACCAGAGUGAGCUGGAAACCAGUGAUGUUGACCAACAUGUAACCUCUAAUGCCAGCGAUAGUGAAAGUAGUUACCUAAUCUUGAUUACAGAUGAGUAUGGAUGUUCACAAGGUGGUCAAGAAGAGUAUGUUUUGUCAUACGAACCUGUCAAUCAACAAGAAGUAAACUACUCCAGGCCAGUAAUUAUUCUUGGGCCAAUGAAGGACCGGAUUAAUGAUGACUUAAUCUCUGAAUUCCCUGAAAAGUUUGGAUCAUGUGUCCCACACACCACUCGUCCAAAAAGGGAUUAUGAAGUAGACAGACGAGAUUAUCAUUUUGUCACUUCUCGGGAGCAGAUGGAAAAGGACAUUCAAGAUCACAAAUUUAUUGAAGCUGGGCAAUACAAUAACCACCUCUAUGGCACAAGUGUUCAGUCUGUACGAGAGGUUGCAGAAAGGGGCAAGCACUGCAUACUUGAUGUAUCCGGCAAUGCAAUUAAAAGAUUACAGAUAGCCCAGCUCUACCCAAUCUCCAUCUUCAUUAAACCUAAAUCUGUUGAAAAUAUUAUGGAAAUGAAUAAGCGACUGUCAGAAGAUCAAGCACGGAAAACCUUUGAAAGGGCAAUGAAAUUAGAACAGGAAUUCACAGAACAUUUUACAGCGAUUGUUCAAGGAGACACAUUAGAGGAAAUUUACAAUCAUGUGAAACAGAUAAUAGAAGAACAGUCCAGCACUUUUAUCUGGGUACCUGCGAAAGAGAAGUUAUGAAACAUGAAAUGAACUGCAUCAAAGUCCCCAUCACUGCCCGUACAUAUACCCAAUACCUUCUCCCAUAUGAACAGGCUCCAUUUCUUUUGGGACUGUUCUUGCCACUUAUUUGCUGCCGUUCCUUCCACCUUUUUACAUUGUCAUAUUUUAACUAAUAUUUUAAUUAUUUCCCAAUUUCUAUUUUUUUUUGUGUGUUUUUUUUUAAAGGUGGAACGGCCGGACCAGUUAUUAAAGGUUAAAAAAAGUGGCAACAAGUGGCAAAAUUCCUUAAUGUUUAAGGGAAAAUGACAAAUGCAUUUUAAGGAGAAAAAAAAAAGCUUUAUAGACAAUUUUCAGAAAAUAAAAUACAUGAAAUAAGUGGUCUUAACUAUAUUGUGAGCAUCUUUGCACAAUUUCGCUUUUAAUAGCACGGUUUGGCCUAUGCAUUUCAUUCUCUAAAUACUGUUUGACUUGAUAUGGUUCUCUACAUAGGCAGAAGUUUUUAUUUGAAUUCCAUUGCUGCAGCAUUAGUAUAUACCAUCCUGGAAUAGAAGGAAUAAUCUAAACUCUUCAUUGUAAUAAAGUUUUUUUCAGUUUUUUUUUAUCCCAGCAUUCUUGCUAGGAAUGACACUUUACCUUGGUAAAUCAUGUAUCUGUAACAAAAUUUAACGGUCUGAAUGUGUUUUUUUCUUUUGAAGAUCACCUUUAUGAAAUGAAAGUAAAAACUUCAGGUAAUUAACAUAGCCUCUUGAAGAUCUGCUCAUGUAUAUAAACACUAAACGAGAACGCAUUAUCUCUUCAUCUCUUGGAGAAUUGGAUUCAUAGACUUAAUGCUGUAUGUUUAUUCUUAGAGGACAGAUUUUAAUAUUUUACCCACAAUAACUGCCUAUUUUGUUAUAAUAAAAUAUUAAACUUUCUUUAAAAUCUAACUAUGGAAGUACUUUUCUUGCACACGUGCAUAUAUAUAUAUAAAUAUAAAAUAUAUAUUUUUCUUUUAUCACAUCCAUGUUUUAAAUUUUUUUUGGGGGGGAGGCGGGAUAGAAGUAUGAGGUAUAUCAUCUUUUAUGAGGUUUAUCAUCUUUUCACAAGAAUUAUGAACAAGACUUUGGUGGCUGUGUUAAUUGAUGCUGGGAUAAGAAAGGUUAGCUGAUUUAUUAAACCUAGGCGUGUUCUCCUCUCUUCUGAAGAGUCCCUGGUGUGUUAUUUUUAUGUAAUGUGCAUGUGUUUACUUUGUGUGGAAUUUGCCUAUAAUGGUCUUGAGUUUUUAUGUAGACCUACACUGAGCUGCAUGUGCCAUGUUCAUGACAACCUGUGUUUAGAUUCAUGCCAGAUUCUUCUUUUAGAUGGUGGGAAUUUCAAAGGAAGUUCUGGUCUUGGACAAGUACAUUGUUUGGUACUAAUUAUCCAUUGCUAGUUUUCUGGAAUUGUAUAUACAAAAAAAAAUGUACAUGCUUCUGAGAGCCUCACUAUACACCUACUAAAUGAACAUAGUUGGUAAUAAACAGGCAGCAUUAUUCAUUCCAUUUGUCAGAAAGAGGAGAACAGCUAAUAAAAUUUUAUUGAACAAUG